AUGGUCAACAACAUGGACAUGGAGAAGCCGGACAAGACCUACUGCAUGAGAGGAAAGCAUGUCGCUAUCAUCUGUGCCACUGUGGCGGUGUGCUCUCUCGCUGUGGGGUUAGGGGUAGGACUAUCAAGGACAUCCAGCACAACUUCUCCAACGACUUUACCUCCAACGGUGCCCCCCACAGAGCCGCCCCAGCCUUCCAGAGGGCCUUGCCUGCCAACGAACGACUCGAGCGGAGAUUGGAAGAACUUUCGCCUGCCCGACUACGUCAAUCCAACGCACUACGAUCUGCACUUGGAGCCAAACAUGGUGGACGAUACAUAUUCUGGGACGGUGGACAUAGAGGUGAAGGUUACCCGGGACACCAAGCACUUGUGGAUGCACAUCAGGCAGACUUAUGUGAGCGCACUGCCCCGCUUGAGGCUCGGGGACGGAGCGCAGGUGGGGGUGACCCGGUGUUUUGAGUAUAAGCAGCAUGAGUAUGUGGUGGUGGAGGCUGAGAAGACUCUGACCCCCGGAGUCUAUGUGCUGAGCCUGGACUUCAAAGGGGUGCUGACCGGGUCCGUGGUGGGCUUCUACCGAGUGGUGUACACGGAGGGAGGCCAGACCAAAAAGAUCGCAGCCACCGAUCAUGAGCCAACCGAUGCCCGCAAGUCCUUCCCCUGCUUUGACGAGCCCAACAAGAAGGCCACCUACAAAGUGUCCAUCACCCAUGACCAGGCCUACGAGGCUCUGUCCAACAUGCCCCAGGAGGGCGCUGCAGAGUCUUUAUCUGGAAACAAGAGGAAGACCUCCUUCACCAAGUCUGUCCCCAUGAGCACGUACCUGGUCUGCUUUGCUGUGCACCAGUUUAAGUCUGUGGAUAGGACGUCUGCCAGAGGAAUACCUUUGAAAAUCUGGGCUCAGCCAACUCAGCUGCACACUGCAGAGUACGCUGCAGACACCACCAAGAUCAUCUUUGACUACUUUGAGGAAUACUUCAACAUGAACUACAGCAUCUCCAAACUCGAUAAGAUUGCCAUCCCUGACUUUGGCACCGGGGCCAUGGAGAACUGGGGCCUGAUCACCUACAGAGAAACCAACCUGCUCUACGACGAGAACCAGUCGUCCUCCUACAACAAGCAGAGAGUGGCCAGCGUCAUUGCCCACGAGCUGGUCCACCAGUGGUUUGGAAACAUCGUGACCAUGGACUGGUGGGACGACCUGUGGCUGAACGAGGGCUUCGCCAGCUUCUUCGAGUAUGUGGGCGUGGAGAAAGCCGAGCCGGAAUGGGGAAUGCGAGACAUCAUGAUCAUCAGCGACGUUCUCCCCGUGAUGGAGGACGACGCGCUGCUCUCCUCUCACCCCAUCAUCGUGAACGUCUCCACUCCGGCCGAGAUCACCUCUGUGUUCGACGCCAUCUCCUACAACAAGGGUGCAUCAGUGCUGCGCAUGCUGGAGGACUGGAUGGGGAAAGACCAAUUUAGAGAUGGUUGCCGGCAAUACUUGAAGGAUUACUACUUCCAAAAUGCUAAAACAGCAAACUUCUGGGCAUCACUCGCUACCGUAAGCGGGCUGCCUGUCGCCGACGUGAUGGACACAUGGACAAAGCAGAUGGGGUAUCCGGUGGUGAAGCUGUCCGUCACUGAGGCCGCGACCAAACUCACCCAGACACGCUUCCUCCUGGACCCCUCUGCAGACGCCAGCACGCCCCCUUCUCCGCUCGGCUAUAAAUGGACAAUGCCUGUUGAAUUCCACGCAAUAAAAAGCAACAAGGAUUUCGUAGUAAUGUUUGACAAGGCACAAGCAGAGCUCGUGGUCCCUGGGUCACAAUACUCUCCCUCGGUGGACGGACUGCUGAAGGUGAACAACGACCACAUCGGCUUCUACAGAGUGAACCACGACGACGACGUGUGGACGGCCAUCAGUCAGCAGCUCCUCUUGGAUCAUAAGGAAUUUGAUGCAGCCGACCGAACGAGUUUCAUUGAUGACGUCUUUGCUCUUGCUAGGGGAAACGUAAUCGACUACGGAAAUGCCUUUAAUCUCACUCAGUAUCUCGCCAAGGAGACGGACUACAUCGUGUGGAGCACUGUGUCCAGCUCGAUAACAUAUGUCCAGGACAUGCUGUCCAGUAAUGAUGCCAUCUAUCCAUUGUUUCAGAAAAUGUUCCGAGACCACGUUACAACCAUCGCUGCUGAGUUGGGCUGGGAGGACACGGGAAACCAAACAACCAGGUUGCUAAGGGAGACAGUCCUGGGCAUUGCCUGUAAGAUGGGAGACACUGCAGCACUGAACGAAGCUUCUAAACUGUUUGACCAGUGGAUCGAUGGGAAUCUGAGUAAUGUUGCGGUGAACCUCCGUCUGCUCGUGUACCGCUACGGCAUGAGGAGGUCCGGCACCGAGGCCAAGUGGAACACAAUGUUCCAAAGAUACACCACCAGCACCCUGGCCCAGGAGAAGGACAAGCUGCUGUAUGGACUGGCCUCUGUGGAGAACGUGGACCUCCUCAACAGGCUUCUGGAGGCUUCCAAAGACGAGAGCGUGGUUCGCAGUCAGGACCUGUUCACUUUGGUGCGCUACGUGUCGUACAACCGCCUGGGACAGAACAUGGCCUGGGACUGGACCACGCUCAACUGGGACUACCUGGUCAGCCGAUACACGAUCAAUGACAGGAACUUGGGUCGCCUCCUGACUUCCAUCAGCACCACAUACAACACAGAGCUGCAGCUGUGGAAGAUGAAGAAUUUUUUCAGCCUGACACCCGACGCUGGGGCAGGGGAGAUGCCCAGGAAGCAGGCCCUGGAGACCGUCCAGAACAACAUGGACUGGAUGCGGCAAAACCAGGACGAGAUCAAAGUGUGGCUGAACAACAAUGCGGUAUAG